AACAAAUGAUUUGACAACUUUCGAGUUUUACUUGUCGAGGUUAUUCAUUUAUAUUGUUUGUAGCGGUUUUUCAAGAAUAUUAGUUUUAAAUAUGUCUAAUAUCAAUUUACAAUGUCUCUUGGGAAUCCAAUGCAACGAUUUUGUUAUGAUAGCUGCGGAUCAAACAAAUAGCCAUAGUAUUAUGGUAAUGAAAGAUGAUGAAGAAAAGAUUUAUAAAAUAUCGGACAAGCUUGUGAUGGGCGUAGUAGGAGAUUCCGGCGACACAACACAAUUUGCAGAAUAUAUUGCAAAGAACAUUCAACUAUAUAAGAUGCGCAAUGGAUACGAGCUUGGACCGACAGCUGCAGCGAAUUUUACUCGUCGUAACUUAGCCGAGUACCUCAGAAGCAGUUCACCAUACUUUGUUAACAUCUUAAUGGGUGGAUAUGACAUGGAAAAUGGCCCUGAAUUGUAUUUUAUGGAUUAUUUAGCAUCCAGCAUUAAAGUUCCAUUUGCAGCUCAUGGCUUUGGUGGUUACUUAAGUUUGAGUGUAAUGGAUCGAUACUAUAAAAAAGAUUUAACUGAAAAGGAGGCAUAUGAAAUACUCCAGAAGUGUGUCCAGGAGGUACACAAGCGUUUAUUUGUUAGCCUGCCCAACUUCCAGGUGACUGUUGUGAAGAGAGAUGGAAUUGAAGUUCUCCCCGUUAUUAAUUCAUCUUCAUUAAAGUAAUUCUCACAUUUUUAAGAUUAAAUGGUAUAAUUUUGUCUA